AUGGCCCUGGUAACCACGUCGUCUGUCGCAGCUCCAGCAGACGACAUACCAAGACCGCCUCGCCCUCGCAGCAUGGUUAUGUUCGACGCUGCUUCUCCAGACGCUCCUUCUCCCGCAUCCUCCUCGUCUUUCCUGGACCUGUCUCCUCAGACCGCUCGCCUAGAAUUUUCACGGCGACAUACCACGUACCUCAGCGCGCCCUCCCGUGCGCGGCCGCGGCGCUCCUCCCCGCUGGCAGGCCCGUCCCUCGCGUUAUCGCACGACGGCACACUCACCGGCAGCGACGAAUCAGGCUCGCUGCUGUCAUACAGUGCAUCCGUGUCCGCGAGCGCUGCUUCGACCUGGAGCGCGAGCAGCUGCGAGCACGGCACGCGCUUUCGAGCGGCCCCAAAUGUACUGUUCACGCUGCCGAGUUCGAAGCCAGCAUAUCCCGCGUCCUCGUCCUCGGAGCAUAGCGCGGACGUGACCCCGAGCACGGAACCGAGCGAACAGCCACCCAAGCCCAGGAAGUCGACAUCAAUAAAGCGACGGCUCUCAGUCGGCUUCACGAAACUUCGGUCCACGCCCAUCCUCGGACACGCCACCGCACCCCCACCCGUCCCGCCUGUACCGCCGAGUGCCACUGCAGUGCACCGCAACCCGACGGUGAAGAACCCGCCGACGUCCACCAGGCCCCGGUCGAUCCUCCUUCCCCCAGCGCACUCGAUGGCCGACGCGAUACCGCCCGAGCCGUCGCCCCCCGCUCGCUUGCGUGCAGCCUCGCCGAGGCAUCCGCGCCCGACAUCCAUGUAUGGCCAGCCAGGGUCCACAUCCGCGCCCACCAUGCCCACAAGCUCUGCACAUCCGCACCGACGCUCGUACCUCAGCCCGUCGGCGCACUCCAACUCGGCGACCGACCCCGAGCACAACUGGCUCACCAUGUCCGCGGCCCCGCGCUUCUCGCGUGCGGGCCUCAAGGCCGAGGGCGUCAUUCUGCCCGUCGCCGCGAACUCGGAGGAGGGCAUGCGCGCACGCCAGCGUGCGCUGUCGAGCGCUAGCACUACGCGCCCCGGGGCGCGUCCUGUGUCUGUGAUUAUGGAAGACCGCAAGGGCAAGGGCGUACCGGGCAGGCCUGCAUCCAUGAUUGUCAGCGCGGGCGUGCCGAUUCCAACGCAGGCCUUGCACACGACGAACCGCAGCCGCAGUAUGAACCAGCUCCUCGCGCAGUAUCAGAACGGCGAGGUCGGGAGCUCAAACGCGAAGACGAAGGAGCAGGGAGGAGUGAAGAAGGAAGAGACCGCCCGCGAGCGGCCAGCAACCGCCCCAGCGCGCGCCCCCAUACGCACCCCGUCGCGCACCAGCCUCAACUCACUCGGCUCGCUUCCCUGCCCCACGCCUUCCCAACCGGAUCCGGUGUCCUCGCGUUCCCCAAGCCUGCGCUCCGCGCACCCGCGCCCACUGCACGCGCGGACGCACUCCGCGGCGUCCACCCUCUCCCCGGCGUCCUCCACUGAGUCCCUGCACAUGGCACUCGACAGUGCAGACCUGGGCACUCUCCGCCCGCCCCUGGCGCCAUUCGUGCAGGACGACACCGGCUCGCUGUGCUCUCUCGCGUCUGCCGACACGCCCAGUCUCGCGUUCACGUCGGGCGGGAGCAGGACUGGAAGCGAGGCGAGCCUCUCGCUGGGCGUCGUGGCCGAGGAGGGCGCGGAGGUGCGUGUAGUGGACGAAGCGGAAGGUGAGAGGGGAGAUAUAGGGCUGCAACGCCUGGACAUCGGAGUGCGUAUAGGGGAGCACGGAGAAAAAGUCCGGCCCGCGGUGAUUCGCCCUCCUGUGUAUGUGGGGGAUGAGACCAAGAUGAAGGACGCCGAUACGAAGUCGACGCAUAGCAGGCGCUCGCGGAAGACCCUGCUCGUACGGGUGCGCGUGCAUUCUGGGAAGGAGGCGAAAGGGGGCGACGAGACGACGGCGCUGGCGCCGCAACGGAAGCUGGUGAAGGGAGUCGCGAGCAGCGGGAAGCAGCAGCAGCAGCAGCACGACGGGGGCAUCAGGAGGAUGUGGAGGCGGGUCGUGCAGAGCGUACGCAGCUGA